UGUCAUUUGAGAAAAUAAAAUACAAAUAAGGCUAGCUUCAUACAUUCGGAAUGGUUAAAUUAUAUUCCAUAAUCUGAAUUCUGAUAUUAUUAAUUCAGAUUUCAGAAAGAUCAGUUUCUCAGAUUAUUUCUUUUAGACUUGUGUGAGCGUGAUGAUAGAUGCGGAAAAGUUAAUUUUGUGCGUCCAAACCCGCCCUUGUAUAUGGGAUAUUUACGAUGUAGAUUAUUAUGACCGGGAAAAAAAAGAUUUAGCGUGGAUAGAUAUUUUUCAUAUUUUUAAUCCAAAUUGGGAAACAUUAUGUGAAGAACAGAGAAAAAUAAAAAUUGCAGAACUCAAAAAGAAAUGGGGUAACUGUCGUGAUUAUUACUUGAAGGAUGAAGAAAAAUUGAAGGGUUUUAAAGGAUCUGCUCCAAAAAAAAGUAAAAGAUAUGUUCACGCAGACAUUUUAAGUUUCUUAGACAAAAUAAAGAAAAACGAAAGAAACAAUAAAAAAAAUUAUGAAACCGAUGACACUGAUGAAGAAGAUGAAGAUGAGGAACAAUGGGAUGUUAGAACACAUAGAGAGCAAGAAGAUAUAAAAACGGAAUAUAUACACAUUAUGGAUAGUAAUACAUAUGAAGAAUCGAAAGCUAAACAGGCAAUACCACAAGCUGUACCAGCUGAUAUAUUAAAAAUAUUAAAGAUGAAAAAAAACACAGCAACUAAAGAUUAUGACGAUGAUGAAAAAUAUCUUUUGAGUUUUUUAGGUGACAUGAAAAAAAUGACACACAUGCAAAAAAUUGACUUUAAGUUAGGAAUGAUGCAAUUACUUAAAAAUAUAUUCACAGAAAAUUCAGAUAAUUAUUAUAUUAAAUCAAACACCCCUAGCCCUCAAAGUAGCUAUAGGUAAUAAGAGUUAACUACAUGAUAGUAGGUUUCUCAACAGGGCUUGCUAGAGUGGUCAAAGAAAAUUGACAAUAAUUUUCAUACAUGUCACAUAUUUUGUAAAUAUAAUAUUAGAAUUGGAUUUAUUUUGGAGUGAUUGAAAUGCUCAUCAUAAUAGAUUUUCCUGUGGGAAUGAGAUAUUUAACUCCUAACUAUGCCCAGUAAUAAAAAUAUAUCAAUAUUGCUGCAUUGCGAUGUGAAAAGAAGACAAACCAACUUUAACUUUAUCUUCCAGCCCAGUUGAUUAUAUUUUCAAUUUUGUCUACAACACUGAACUUAACCAGCAGGUUGUCAUUUAGUUGAUCCACAUUUGACUUCUAAAACUAAUGAAACCUUCACAUGUAGGAAGUUUUUCUUUUUAAUAAAUAUUUUAUUGUAUGAA